AUGCACCACCAAUCGCCGGGCGUCAGUGGUGACCAAUAUGGCUAUGGGAGCAGUCUUCCACCAGUGUCGACGCUUGAGCCGCAAAUACCACCAAGCCCGGCGGAAUUUGGCCAUCCUUCAUCUGUAGAUCCAUACAACAAUAUGGAAAUCGAAGACGAACGCGGCACCUCAUCUUCUUAUCGACCUACCAUGAACAGCCCAAAUACCCAAUCGACCCACCCAAUAGCCAAUAGUCCAUUGUCAAUCCAGCAACUACAAACGUUUACUCAAAAUCAUUCCCUCCAAAAUGUUACAAGCUUCUCCCCUCAAAUGGGAUCGAUGGCACAGUUCAAAGUCAGUCAAUGGCAGAAUAAGAAUUUUGACAGCGGCGUGCAGACGAUGAACCAUAGCCAGGUGCCUUCGGUGAUGUCAAUGGCUUCAUUGAAUGCCCCAUCAAUGAUGUCAGGAGUUUCGUCGAUGGCUGAUGAAUUAGCCCGCACCGAAUUGACUGAUCAGCAACAACAGCGAUUCGAGAAUUUGCCACUUGGCUAUCGUCAAGAUUCUUCAAAGGCUUUAUCAGCCAUGCCAUCGUUAAUUCAACUAAUGAAAGACACGGAUGAGGUAGUCGUGCUCAAAGCCGUCGGAAUAGUGCAGAACAUUGCAAGACAAGACGAUAAUGAGCGCCGUGUACCGCCCGUCAUCCAGGGCCCCGAGGUCCCGGAAGUACUCCGUGAAGUUAUGGUACGAUGGAGAAGUAAACAGAAAAUCGUUCGAACGUGUCUUUGUACGCUGUUCCAUCUCUGCGGUCGAAGCCAAGACCAGGAAGCGCUGCGACAUGUUAUUCGGAUUUCCGAGGAACAGAAUUGGGCGCUGCUCACCGAUUUGAUUGCUUUUAUCGGCCAGGAGGAGAAUUCCUGCUGGAGAUAUGCCACACUGAUCCUGCACAGCAUUGUCUCCGAAAAAAAUGUUGGCAUCGAGGCUUUGAUACAAGCUAGAAAACUAGGUGCUCUUCGGGCGUUGGCUUCAAAGCUGGUGCCAAAUCACAGUGAAAAACUACUUUCCGUAGUUGUUGAACUUUGUCGGUUAGUGGUCGACAAAGAUUUGGAAUCGAAGCAUAACUUCCUGGAGCUUGGCGGUAUUCCAAAGCUCCUCCGCAUGCUCAGCUCCUGCCAAUAUGAGAACCUCUUCUGGCGGACGACUCAAUUAUUAAAUUAUUUUUCCAACUAUGAUCCGGGUUCAUUGGUCGGCUGUGGUGCGCAUAAAAUCUUAUGUAGAAUGUUAUUACACGGGUCACCGCGGGUAUUGAAUAGUGCGCUCGAAUGCUUAAGGAAUAUAAGUGAUGUUGCGUGCGAAGACGUUGAUUGUCUACCACUUCUCGAGACGCUUUUGCGAUUCCUUGGAAACGAUAACUUAAAGAUAGUUUUGUAUGGAGUGCAGAUUAUUGGGAACAUGUGCGCGAAUAAUAAGCUCAGAAAGGAACAUCUAGUCCAGAUGAAUGCGGUUAAUCUUUUGCUACGUCAACUGUGCAUGCCAUCGAACCAUCCGCCAUUGGAAGAAGAAUGUCAUUGCGAAGUUCUUGACCUGCUCCGAUCAUUAAGCUUGGGACACGAAAAAGUGCAAGACGUUCAAGUGAUGUUGUUUGAAAAUCCGGAUAUAUACCUUCAAAAACUUGCCCAAUUGCGACCAGCUGUUUUGAAGAAAACUCUACAAGUGUUGAUCCAUGCAGCAAAAAACGACGCAAACUUGCCAAAGUUCAUCAAUGUUCGGCAAUACCAAUACCCGAAUCGUCAACCGAUCACGUUUGUCUCGCUGAUCAUCUACGUACUGCACAUCUCUUGCAAGCAAUACCCAGAGAACAAGAUUGUUGAAAACGUCUCCCUCCCGGACUUGAUUCACUAUGCGAUGGCGACUCUUCAACAACUCGCCAGGGACAAACAUUUAUUAAAUGAGAUCUGUACCUACCUUGCCAUGCCAAAGCACCAGAUCUCGAACGUCAUUUUGCCGGUAUACGUUCUAGUCCAACAAUUCCGGGAGGAACCUAUUAUCCGAAGUGCUCUCGGACUCCAUACUUAUCUCGUCACCUUACCAGAGAUGGCAACACUCCUUGCAUUGAAUCCACACUUUGUCAAGGUCGUUUCUCAACACAAACAAAGUCAAAAUCAAGCGAUUGAAACGUAUGCUUCACGAGUCCUUUCAUUGAUCCAAGGAACCGAAUACCGUAUGCAACUCGAAGAACCGAAAACAAGCCGUCCGCAGAGACGACACGGUUCUCCGAUUCGACCGCUUGAUUCUUUGCAACAAUAUGUGGCCAGUCAUCAAGCAUCACCACCACCUGGACCUAGUCAUGAGCAACUCGCCGACUACGGUCUUAGUCCUCUUACGGAAACGCCACGACGAGCGGCUGGACCGGAAAUGGGUACUAUGGAAAAUUUGAGCAACGACAACUGGCCUGAUGACCUGAACGACGUUCAUGAUACGUUGAAUCCAUUUGUAAACGUUUUCUGUGGAAAUGAACAACCGGCUGCAUAUCAACCACCCGACAUCCCCUACUACCCUCAACAACCCAUGGACACUGGCGGUGGCCCUGAUAUUGGCCAUCCACCCCUAGCACACCCUCAUUAUUAUCAAAGACCACUACCAUCACCCCAUAGCACCUACAUUCCACAACAUCGACAAAUGGAACACUAUGACCCGGCAUAUUAUGAUUAUCGAACAGCAAGUAUUGGUCGUGAAUACCGUAGAACCCAGCCCCAACCCCGACCUCCCAACUAUCCCUAUCCCCAACAUUAUCCUGAACCAAAGCAUAUGUAUUAUGAGAAUGAUCAUUAUCCUCCGUAU